AUGUUGCAAAGGGCCAAGAGCCUCUCUAAAAUAGAGGGGGGUUACGAGGAGAAUGGGGGAUAUGCCAUAUACUCCCUCGGCGUCCUGUUCGCCCCCCUUCGUCUCUAUUUUCAAAACCGCUGCGGCCGCCGCAUUUCUAUCCGCUUCUCCUGCUGCGUGCUUUGGGCGCUCAUCAAGGUUGCGGGCACCGGAAAAUGGAUCAAUCUACGGUUCCAGCAACUCUUUCCCAGCCUCACUAUGACGGACGACGAGCGUCAAAUCGCCUUAAAUCUUACAUUCAUUGGCCUCCUGCAAUUCUUAUCUUACGACGUCCAUGCAUGGGCGUUAAUGUUCGAGGACGACGCGGUUAGACGACAGACCGCGAUCCAGGGGUCCCGCCUAUUGGAGGGCCUCCACGCUAUGGAGAGGCAGAGGGGGAACCCCACAUUAGAAGUUAGUACCGUCAACAAGUUGAUUCAACUCAACUACGAUGGCGGGCUCUCUUACAUGCUCAUGCACCUCACUGUUGACGCCCAUCUCAUGCCGCCAAGCGACCGUGUCAACAUAGUCUAUUGGGCUCUCGGGGAGUCAGGUUUGUUCGCAUGGACAGUCAGGAAGUGUGCCGUAAUCAAACACAAGCGGAUCAGCGUCCUCGCUUGA